AUCUCCUCUCUCCGAAACAGAACCAACUCAACUCAAGUGACAUGGCUAAGAUCGCGAUCGUCUACUACUCCACCUACAACCACGUCUCGACGAUGGCCGAGACCAUCAAGAAGGGCAUCGAGUCUGUGGAGGGCGUUACUGCCGAGAUCUACCAGGUGGCCGAGACAUUGCCCGAGGAGCUGCUGGCCCAGAUCCACGCUGCGCCCAAGAAGGACUACCCGAUUGCCACCCCGGACACCCUGAAGGAGGCGGACGGUAUCCUGUUCGGCUUCCCCACGCGCUUCGGCUCGCUGCCUUCGCAGAUGAAGGCGUUCUUCGACUCGUGCGGCGGUCUGUGGGCUACUGGUGCUCUGGUGGGCAAGCCUGCCGGCAUUUUCUUCAGCACGGGCACCCAGGGCGGCGGCCAGGAGACCACGGCUUUCACGACCCUGACGUUCCUGACCCACCAGGGCAUGACGUACGUUCCCCUGGGCUACCGUGCUUCCGAGCUUUCUAACAUGGACGAGAUCCAUGGGGGAUCUCCGUGGGGUUCCGGCACCCUGGCCGGCGGAGACGGCUCUCGCCAGCCAUCCAAGCUGGAGCUGGCGGUCGCGACCACGCAGGGCAAGUCUUUCGCCGAGAUUGCUAAGAAGCUGGCCGCCUAAGCAUCGCCUGUAUUGUAUUAGCAGCGCGUGUGCAAACAUAAUAGCGUACCAGAACUAGAGGCGAGUGAGUCUGUGGGUUGUGCUGCGCGGAUGUAGCAGCACCCAAGCCGCUUACCAUUCUGGAGCAAAUCAAUAUAGCUCACGUUUUGUUGCUUGUAUUUACUGAUCCAUUGGUGUUUGUGUAGUGCUGUAAUAUUAAUACAUGUAAG